AUGCGACUCGAGAACGCUAGAGGGCGCCGCUUCCGGGAGCCCGCAAGCGGCUUCCGGGUGCUCGCGCGCCGACCUGGACGCAGAGAAGCCAGAGACUUUCGCUUCCGGCUGCCGCAGGCGUUUCGCUGGUGCAGACGCAGUGCUGAGCACACAGCUACCGGACAAAGAGUGACGCCCGGAGCUGGAGUUAUGGCGGCUACGGAGCCGAUUUUGGCGGCCACUGGGAGUCCCGCGGCGGUGCCACCGGAGAAACUGGAAGGAGCCGGUUCGAGCUCAGCCCCUGAGCGUAACUGUGUGGGCUCCUCGCUGCCAGAGGCCUCACCGCCUGCCCCUGAGCCUUCCAGUCCCAACGCCGCGGUCCCUGAAGCCAUCCCUACGCCCCGAGCUGCGGCCUCCGCGGCCCUGGAGCUGCCCCUCGGGCCCGCACCCGUGAGCGUAGCGCCUCAGGCCGAAGCUGAAGCGCGCUCCACACCAGGCCCCGCCGGCUCUAGACUCGGUCCCGAGACGUUCCGCCAGCGUUUCCGGCAGUUCCGCUACCAGGAUGCGGCGGGUCCCCGGGAGGCUUUCCGGCAGCUGCGGGAGCUGUCCCGCCAGUGGCUGCGGCCUGACAUCCGCACUAAGGAGCAGAUCGUGGAGAUGCUGGUGCAAGAGCAGCUGCUCGCCAUCCUGCCCGAGGCGGCUCGGGCCCGGCGGAUCCGCCGCCGCACGGAUGUGCGCAUCACUGGCUGAGCGGUGGAGCUGCGGGCGGCCAGGGCCGGGCGCUCUGUGCGGACUGGGGCCAUGAUCGGGUCCGGGGGCCUGAGCCUGGGACCCCACCCCGUGUUAAUGAAAAAUGAGUUUUGGCAGCGCC